CAUCGUUCGGUCGUAUGCCGAUGAUCGUCCCCGAGCCAAACAGUGGUGGAGUCUUGUACGGGACAGAUAUAGAAGGUUGAACAACGACAACAGCUUAAUUGUCGUGGCUCCCGCGAUACACGCAGGAACUGAGCAGAUUAGGUAAUCGGGCGCCGUACGGGAGUCGUCAGACGGACAGCACAGAUCAGAGUGAUAGUUGCGGAUACAAAACAGGAAGGGAGAGGUAAAAUGAAACCGGGACUGCUCGUUCGGUCCACGCCAAAGGCCAGUUAAACGUUGAUCCUACGUGAAGGUGAAAGCAGCAACAGCACGUCCCCCAUCAUCAUGGCCGGCGGUACCACCAGUAGUGCUCGGUCGAAAAUGAAAGCAAAAGGUGUGCAAGAUUCCGGUCGAACGAACUCCCCGCCCGAGGAUGUGGCGAAUCUGCAUCAGCUUGAAGCACAGCACGGCAUCCUGGGCAUUGUGCUGCUGUUGUUUUGCGGCACCGUGUCCAGCUAUCUGUGCACCUACCUGCCGGAAGCGCUGACGGCGGCCGAUCUCGAUCGUCAUCCGACCGCAUUCAUCGCCGAACGCGCCUGGGAUAAUCUGCAGGUGCUGAACGAUUUCGGCCCCAAGCCGACCGGUUCGCGGGCGAACGAACUCGGUGCGGCCGACUAUAUACGGCGUGAAAUCGAAAAGGCAAAAGCCACCGCUCACACCGCCCAACUCGUGGAGACCGCUCACCAGACCAUUUCCGGUGCGUACCCGAUCGCGUUUCUCGGCAACCCGCUAACGAGCGUGUAUCGGAACGCGCAGAACCUCGUGGUAAGGUUGGCAGGGCGGACGGAGGAUGGCGAGCGGGCAGCAUUGAUGCUGAACUGCCACUACGACACGGUCGCCAGCAGCCCGGGAGCGAGCGACGAUGGUGGCAGCUGUGCGGUGAUGCUGGAGAUUCUGCGCGUGUUAUCGCGUGCCCCGGAACGCAACCGCCACUCGAUCGUGUUUCUGUUUAACGGUGCCGAGGAAACGCCACUGCAGGCAGCGCACGGGUUCGUCAGUCAACAUCGGUGGGCGGGGGAGGUACGUGCCUUCCUGAACCUCGAAUCGGCCGGGUCGGGCGGUAAGGAGCAACUGUUCCAAGCCGGCCCACAGCACCCGUGGCUGAUUGAAGCGUACGGACGUGCGGUGCGCCAUCCGGCCGCCCAAACCGUUUCGGAGGAGAUCUUUCAGUCCGGCAUCAUACCGUCGGAUACGGAUUUUCGCAUCUUCCGCGACUUUGGCCACGUGCCCGGAAUGGACUUUGCGCACACGAUCAACGGAUACCGGUACCAUACGAGGUUCGACACGAUUGAUUACCUGACGCUGCCGGUACUACAGCGCACGGGCGAUAACAUACUGGCGCUUACGCGCGAACUCGCCAACGGCGAGGAGCUGGGCCGGAUCGGCAGCGAUCCGAACUUGGCCGAGGGUUACAGUGUAUUCUUUGACGUGCUGGGUUUGUUCUUCGUCAGCUACAGUGCUAGUAUGGGGCGAAUAGUGAAUGUGAUGCUUGCAGUGCUGUCGCUGGCGGUGCCACUGAUGGAACUUUGCCGCCAGGUACGACGAGUUGGUGAGCGAAGCGUUCUGAGUCAGACGCUGGUCGGCCUGCUAGGUACGGUUUGUGGGACGGCAGCGAGCGUCGGUGUGGUGUUGCUCGUGGCGAACCGAUUGGAUGCCGUUGGACGUGCAAUGUCAUGGUUCUCGACGCCAUAUCUCAUCCUGGGACUGUACGGAUGUCCCGUCAUCUUGAUGCAUUGCUUUGCACAUCGUUUAUGUAGCCAUUGGUUCAGCAAUAACAAGUCCCCGCUCAACCUUACGCAAACGGUUCGUGCCCGUCUGAUCGGUGUGAACCUUUUCUGGACGCUACUGAUCAUCCCGCUAACCCUUGCGAACAUCCGGAGCGCAUACAUCAUCGCAGUAAUUGUGCUGCUUUCACUGCUCUCCACCAUCCUGACGUCCGUGCUUGGAUACCAAGGUCAGCCACGCCGCUGGCUAGCCCUUCAUCUAGCAUUCCAGAUUCCCACCCUACUGUGGGCUACCAAGUUUUACCAUCUUCUGGUAAAACUGUUCGUACCCAUCACAGGACGUAUGGGUGCCGGUACUAACCCCGAAUAUCUGAUUGCCCUGUUGGUGGCUUGCUUUGGGCUUCUGUGUGUCAGCUAUCUAGUGCCGCUGGUUGGACUGCUUAAAGGCACUUCCGAGCUAACUGCACGAAUGACCGUAUUCGCAAUGAUUGCGUUCCUGCUAGGAUGCUGCACGCAGGUUGGCUUUCCGUACCGGGACGAAAGCAAUUGGGAACCGUCGGUUCAGCGUCAUUACGUUACGCACACGCUCCAAGUGGCACAUCGUGAUGGGGUAGUUGUGUCCGAAGGCGCUGGUUUCCUGUUCCGUGAAAUGGACCGCAAUGCAGUGCGCGUGAUACGUGGAGUGGCCAAACCGGCCGAAGCCGUUCCAAUGCGCCAGAUGGAGUCCUGCCACACGAUGCUGUUCUGCGGUGUGCCAUUUUAUUCGAUCUGGCAUCAGAUCCGAUUCAAUAACUACUGGAUGGAAGGACCUUCGCCGGCGAUAGAAAAACACACUCUGCCCACGUUUGAGCUGGUAAGAGUGCACCAGAAUUCCAGCAGCGUUCGGCAGUAUAGCUUUGAAAUAGUGCACCGCCAUCAGACCUGCGUCCAGUCGGCACUAAUAAUUGCUCCCAAGCCAGGCGUCCAGCUGGUGGCUUGGAGCCUGAUGGACACGGUACCGGGCACUAUAGAGUUCAACGGUGAGCGGGCACACUUUGUGCUGAUAACCUACGGCCUGGCGGACGAUGCACCGUGGACAGUCACGUUCGCGUUUGAGUACGAUCCUGAGCAUCUGCCGGAUGGCGCUGGCGCGAAGCUGUUUGACGUGAGCUGGGUAAACACGUACUGGGAGCACGGAGAUAAGCACACGGACGAGUUUCGGAAGCUAAUCGACCAGUUCCCGGAGUGGGCUCACGUUAUCCCAUCGGUGGCUGUUGUGAACAUUACUGCCCAUUGAAGAAUUAUUUUGUAAUGUAAUAAAACAAUUAAACUGUUUUAAUAUUAA